AUGCCGAUCCUAACUCCAGUCAUAAAACUCGUCGUUUUUAGGCAAAGUCUUCGACCACAUUCUGCGGUUGCAUUCCUUGUCGAGUUCCUCUGCUUCGUCUUAGAGCUACUCGACAAGGAGAAAGAUCUAGCCAAGAUAUUCGGCAUCGUGUGUGCUUGCGACACAUUAAUCUUCACAUUGCUCGAUUUAAUCCAAAAUUUGAUCCAAGAAAAAGUAAAAAUACGAAGAUUUGGCCGAGUGUUUUGGCUAUACAAAAACGAUGGGAGUCUCUAUUGGCACACUUUAAACGCUUACCUAUUGAUGUUGAGCAUUGUUCACGUCAUCGGUUCUGCGAUCUCUUAUAGUUCUCGUCGACACUAUUUGGUAUUGCUCCCACUUUUUGCUGCUGGCCUUGAACUCGUCCCGCAAGAUGCCUAUAACGUUCUUGGCAAUGAUCAAGAACAUAAUGGGCAGGAUCAAAAAUCUCGAGAAUUUAUUGGGCCUAUUAAUGACCCAUUAUAUGGUAUUGAGCUUGAGCAAGGCGAUGGAGCUGGUACAAAGGUGGAGCAAGAAGUUGGUGAUCAUGCUUAA